AUGCUGUCCCGCAACUCCGCACGGGCUGCCCAGCGCCUGAGCACCGCCGCUUCCCAGCAGGCCACCCGCUCCUUUGCCACCGUCCAGUCCGACAUCUUCAAGCCCACAAAGUUUGGCAGCAAGUACACCGUCACCCUCAUCCCCGGUGACGGUAUCGGUGCCGAGGUCGCCGAGAGCGUCAAGACCAUCUUCAAGGCCGACAAUGUCCCCAUUGACUGGGAGCAGGUCGAUGUCUCCGGUGUCGAGAGCGGCCCUCCCGGCACCUCUGAGGGCGUCUUCCGCGAGUCCGUCGCCUCUCUCAAGCGCAACAAGCUCGGCCUCAAGGGUAUCCUGCACACCCCCGUCGACCGCUCCGGCCACCAGUCCUUCAACGUCGCCAUGCGCCAGGAGCUCGACAUCUACGCCUCCGUCUCCCUUGUCAAGAACAUCCCCGGCUACCAGACCCGCCACAAGGAUGUCGAUCUUUGCAUCAUCCGUGAGAACACCGAGGGUGAGUACUCGGGUCUCGAGCACCAGAGCGUCCCCGGCGUCGUCGAGUCCCUCAAGAUCAUCACCCGCGCCAAGUCGGAGCGCAUCGCCAAGUUCGCCUUUGCCUUUGCCCUGGCCAACAACCGCAAGAAGGUCACCUGCAUCCACAAGGCCAACAUCAUGAAGCUUGCCGACGGCCUCUUCCGCAACACCUUCAAGGAGACCGCCAAGGAGUACCCCACCCUCGAGAUCAACGACAUGAUUGUCGACAACGCCUCCAUGCAGUGUGUCUCGCGCCCCCAGCAGUUUGAUGUCAUGGUCAUGCCCAACCUCUACGGUGGCAUCCUGUCCAACAUCGCCGCCGCUCUCGUCGGUGGCCCUGGUGUCGUCCCCGGCUGCAACAUGGGCCGCGACGUCGCCGUUUUCGAGCCCGGCUGCCGUCACGUCGGUCUCGACAUCAAGGGCAAGGACCAGGCUAACCCCACUGCCCUGAUCCUCUCCGGAUCCAUGCUCCUCCGCCACCUUGGCCUCGACGACCACGCCAACCGCAUCUCUCAGGCCAUCUACGCCGUCAUCGCUGAGGGCAAGGUCCGUACCCGCGACAUGGGUGGCGAGUCCACCACCCACGAGUUCACCCGCGCCAUCCUCGACAAGAUGGAGACUUUGUAA